UCACCUUCCUCUUCCUCGAGUUAUGAACAAACUGUUAUCCUUCUUCUUCUCCCCAAAACAAAAGAAUCUUUUCCUGUUUCAUCCAGUCAGACUCAGAUUUGGCUUCCAUCUCCAUUUCGUUUCAGUACAGGUUUGCUCAGAUCCCUCACGCUGCCUGCCCCACGCAUCACCCGACACCCACAUUCCCCUCCAAACUCCCAACCUCGAUCCCUUUUCACUUCUUCUUCUUCUUCUUCACAUGUUCUUCUCCUCCUCCUCCUCCUCGUCUGUGACAGCGUCGAUAUCUCCGAAGCGACGAUGAAUGACCGGCGCAUCUCUCUCCUCUUCUUCUCCGCCGCCCUUCUCUUCCCCGUUCAGGCUCAGUCCCAGGAGGCUCUGAUCCUGCCCCUCCAGACCCAGGAAGUCCCGCCCGGGUCUGUCCCCACGCCCCCCAACAAGCUCGCCUUCCGCCACAACAUCAGCCUCACCGUCUCCCUCACCGUCGGCACUCCCCCCCAGAACGUCUCCAUGGUCAUCGACACCGGCAGCGAGCUCUCCUGGCUCCACUGCAACCGCACCCCCGACUACCCCCUCUCCUUCGACCCGACCCGCUCCGCCUCCUACGCCCCCAUCCCCUGCUCCUCACCAACCUGCACCGCCCGCACCCGCGACUUCCAGAUCCCCGCCUCCUGCGACGCCGGUAACCUCUGCCACGCCACUCUGUCCUACGCCGACGCAUCCUCCAGCGAGGGCAACCUCGCCGCCGACACUUUCUCCAUCGGGUCGGGCCGCAUGCCGGGCCUGGUUUUCGGGUGCAUGCGCACCGCCUCCAGCUCCAACCCGGAGGAGGAUGCCCGGAACACCGGGCUCAUGGGCAUGAACCUCGGGUCGCUCUCCUUCGUCUCCCAGAUGGGCUUCCCCAAGUUCUCCUACUGCAUCUCCGGGUCGGACUUCUCGGGCCUCCUGCUGCUCGGCGAUGGCGGCAGCGAGGCGAACCUCUCCUCGUGGCUCGCGCCGCUAAACUACACCCCUUUGGUCCGGGUGUCGACCCCGCUGCCGUACUUCGACCGGGUGGCGUACACCGUCCAGCUGGAGGGGAUCCGGGUGUCGGACGUGAUGCUCCCGCUGCCCGAGUCCGCCUUCCUGCCCGAUCACACGGGGGCGGGUCAGACGAUGGUAGACUCGGGCACCCAGUUCACCUUUCUUCUCGGGCCGGUUUAUGACGCCUUGAGAGCCGAGUUUCUGAAGCAAACUGGAGGCGUCUUGCAGCAAUUGGAUGAUCCGAACUUCGUGUUCCAAGGAGCCAUGGAUCUGUGCUACUGCGUCCCGCUGGGUCAGGCGAAUCUACCGCCCCUGCCCUCGGUGAGCCUGGUGUUUCGGGGCGCAGAGAUGACCAUACCGGGCGACCGGGCACUGUACCGGGUCCCGGGUCAAGUGAGGGGGAACGACUCGGUUCAUUGCCUGACUUUCGGGAACGCCGACUUGCUGGGGGUGGAGGCAUUCGUGAUCGGCCACCACCAUCAGCAAAACGUGUGGAUGGAGUUCGAUCUCGAGAAAUCUAGGAUCGGUCUCGCGCACGUGCGUUGCGACCUAGUCGGUCAGAGAUUCGGUCUCGGCCUGCAGGGUGAACUCCGACGCGGCUGAUCGGAACCAACUACAGUUAUAGUAGUCCUCUUGGUAUCACUAUGUUGUACAUACGAGAUUUCAUGCCAGUUUUGUAGAAGUAUUACCUAUUAGGGUUUGCUUGUAUCACGGAUAAGGUAGCUCUGAACUAAAGUAAAGAUUGCAAAUGGCAUUUAAUUGAUCCCGGUAGCUUUUUCCGGA